GUGCACUUCGGGUUAAGGUGCCGUCCCCGCGCGGUGCCUUGUGGGAAAGAGGCCGAGCUUGGGGCAACGCUUGUUUGUCACCUCAGUCGGAGCCGUUUAUAUCUCAAGAGAAGCGACAAUGCCGGAGCGGGACAGUGAGCCGUUCUCCAACCCUUUAGCCCCAGAUGGGCAUGAUGUGGAUGAUUCUCAUUCUUUUCAUCAGUCUAAAUUGACCAAUGAAGACUUUCGUAAGCUUCUUAUGACUCCACGGGCAACACCAACAUCUGCACCACCUUCAAAAUCUCGCCAUCAUGAAAUGCCCAGAGAGUACAAUGAAGAUGAAGAUCCAGCUGCUCGCAGGAGAAAGAAAAAAAGCUAUUAUGCAAAACUACGUCAGCAAGAGAUUGAGCGAGAGAGGGAAUUGGCUGAGAAAUACAGAGACCGUGCCAAGGAAAGACGUGAUGGUGUCAACAAAGAUUAUGAAGAAACAGAACUAAUCAGUACAACUGCCAAUUACAGGGCAGUGGGACCCACUGCAGAGGCGGAUAAAUCAGCAGCAGAAAAGAGGCGGCAAUUGAUUCAGGAGUCCAAAUUCUUGGGUGGUGACAUGGAACACACUCACUUGGUGAAGGGUCUUGAUUUUGCUUUGUUGCAGAAGGUACGGGCAGAGAUUGCCAGCAAAGAAAAAGAGGAAGAAGAACUAAUGGAAAAGCCUCAAAAAGAAACUAAGAUGAAGGAUGAAGAUCCAGAAAACAAAAUUGAAUUCAAGACUCGUUUGGGCCGUAACAUCUAUCGGAUGCUAUUCAGGAACAAGGUGUAUGAGCGGAAUGAGCUCUUCCUGCCAGGACGAAUGGCUUAUGUGGUGGAUCUUGAUGAUGAGUAUGCUGACACAGAUAUUCCCACAACUUUGAUUAGAAGUAAGGCUGAUUGUCCAACCAUGGAGGCCCAGACCACAUUGACUACAAAUGAUAUUGUAAUUAGUAAACUGACUCAGAUUCUUUCAUAUCUGAGGCAAGGCACUCGUAAUAAAAAACUCAAGAAAAAGGAUAAAGGGAAACUGGAUGAGAAGAAACCUCCCGAGGCAGACAUGAGUAUUUUUGAAGAUAUUGGUGAUUAUGUACCAUCGGCGGCAAAAGUGCCACGAGAAAAGGAACGAGAGAGAUACAGGGAACGGGACCGAGAACGGGAGAGAGAGAGAGACAGGGAACAUGAACGAGAUCGGGAACGGGAGAGAGAAAGGGAACGUGAAGAGGAGAAGAAGAGGCACAGCUACUUUGAGAAACCUAAAGCUGAUGAUGAGCCUAAUGAUAUAGACAAAGGACCUGGCUCAGCCAAAGAGUUGAUUAAAUCAAUCAAUGAAAAGUUUGCGGGUGCUACUGGCUGGGAAGGGACAGAACCAUUAAAAAAGGCUGAAGAUAAAAAGCAAGUUGGUGAUUUUUUUGGAAUGCUAAACAGCUAUGCUGAAUGCUACCCUGCAACAAUGGAUGCCAUGGCUGUGGAUAGUGAUGAAGAAGUAGAUUAUAGUAAAAUGGAUCAGGGAAACAAAAAAGGACCUCUGGGUCGCUGGGACUUCGACACACAAGAAGAAUAUAGCGAGUAUAUGAAUAACAAAGAGGCUUUACCCAAAGCAGCGUUCCAGUAUGGAAUCAAGAUGUCUGAAGGUCGUAAGACACGUCGUUUCAAAGAGACCAAUGACAAAGCUGAACUAGAUCGGCAGUGGAAAAAGAUUAGUGCAAUCAUUGAAAAAAGAAAGAAGAUGGAGGCUGAUGGGGUUGAGGUGAAGAGACCAAAAUACUGAAGCUGCCAGGAGGUUCUGAUUCCUUCAGUUGUAUUCCGAAAGCUCAACUCUAGUGGAGAUUUUAUUCUGAUGGAAUAGUCACUGAAACAAGCCCACCUUGCUUCCUGCUUAUAUGGGAAUAUGAAGGGCAGCACCUGAUUGCAAUGAAACUUUUUAGAUGAUUUUUUCCUUGUCUACAGCACAUGUUGCCCAGGGGCUUGCACUUUGGAUUUGUACUGCAAUUAAAAAAAUGUUCUAAUGUUUA